AUGGUGGAAGAUAACCCUAGGGUGUGGCAUGAACUGUUAUCAGAAGCACUUUGGGCAUAUAGGACUUCUCAACGGUCAAGCACAGGUGUGACUCCAUUCAUGCUCACCUAUGGUCAUGAUGCAGUUUUGCCUAUGGAAGUGAUUGUGCGGUCAAUGAGAUUCGCAUUGCAAAACAAUUUGACCCCUGCUGAAUAUAAUGAGUCUAUGCUGGUCGAAUUGGAGGACCUAGACGAAGUAAGGUUAAGGGCUCUUGACCACAUACAAGUUCAGAAGAGGCGAGUAGCAAGGGCAUAUAACAAGCGUGUUAGGGCCAAAAUCUUCGGUGAAGGUGACUUGGUUUGGAAGACUGUCCUCCCAAUGGGUGUGAAUGAUCAAAAAUAUGAAAAAUGGUCACCAAAUUGGGAAGGUCCAUUUAUGGUUUACAAAGUCUUAAAAGGAGGCGCAUAUCAUUUGCAAGAUCUUGACGGGGAAAUACACCCUCGACCGGUUAAUGGCCGAUACUUAAAGACUUAUUAUCCUACAAUGUGGGAGACAAUGGAGAAUAAAACCAGAGAUGGUUAA